AUGCCUGUAACUACUCGUGCUGCAGCAUUAAGAUCGCAAUCUAGUGUAAAUGUAACACCUUCGCUUGAUCAAACAAUGUCAACUUCAACAUCGAUUAGCAAAACAACUCGUAAAUGUCCAUCAAAACAAAAGCAUAAACAAGUUAAAGUACAACCAAUUGUGACUUGCGAUGAAUUUGAAAUCUGUCCUGCACCACCACAACAACAAUCAACAAGUUUAGAUACUGAAUCUAUACCUGAAGUUAUUAAACUAUCUGAAGGCGAAGAGAAUAAAUUAGCAAAGGAAAUGGAUACGCCUCUCGAAAAUUUGUUUGCUGAUGAACUAUCUGUAUCAUCGUCAUUGAACAAAAAUUCCGAAUCUAUAGUUUUAUCACCAACAUCAACAUCUGCUCCACAUUCUCCAAUAACAAUAACAAAACUUAAAGAUGGUCAUUCUAUUAUAUCAUUAGAAUCAUCAAACAAUGAUGAAAGGGGCAUAACAACUGGUACAUCAACCCGUGGAGGUAAAAUGGUAUUUAUGAAUGGGUUUGGCUAUUUGUAUAUGAGUAUGGCAAAGAAAAGUAUUGGUUGGCGCUGUGUACGAAGAGAUAUGAAUUGUAAAGCCGUUAUUCACACUUCAAAAAUAACAGGUGAAUUUAGUCAUUGGAAUGGAACGUUUCACUGUCACGCACCUGACUUAUUUGAAACACGGAAACAAAAUAUUUUAGCCAAAAUAAAAAGUCGUGUUCGUGAUGAAUAUAUUCCAAUUAAAAUUAUUAUCGAAGAAGAAUACAGAAAGGCCAGUUUAUCAGUAGAAGAAAAACGAGUGAUGCCAUUACCUUGUCAGAUCGAAUCUGGUCUUCACAAACUACGAAGAAAAACCAUGUCACCAUUACCACACGAUCAAAAAUUCGUUGUACCAUCAGCUUAUCAAGAGACCUAUUCUAAAUGA